UGGUCUGAUAUAUGUGGUUGUUGGUAAUUGUAUUUCAUAGUUAUGGGAUAUCGGUGAUCCAAAUUGUGUGUGCCCAUCCUGCGAAGCACUAUUUUGGUAUGAAGAGAUGAAUGAAUCCAGUUCUACUAAGGCAAAUCCAAAGUAUUCUCUCUGUUGCUCUCAAGGCAAAGUGAAGCUUCCAGUCUACAAAGAACCACCGUUGUUACUGCAGAGGUUGAUAGAUGGAAGAGAUGCAAGAAACAAACAUUUUAUAGAAAAUAUCAAAUCUUACAAUAACAUGUUCGCUUUCACAUCUAUGGGCGGACGCAUUGAGACGUCAAUUAAUAAAGGCAAGGGUCCUCCAAUAUUUAAACUUCAUGGUCAGAACUAUCACCUUAUUGGAAGUUUGAUUCCCACUGUUGGGUCGAUUCCGAAAUUUGCUCAAUUAUAUAUCUACGAUACUGAGAAUGAGCUACAGAACCGGAUCAAAUCUGUAAGGGGAGAUGUUAACGCUAACCAAUUGCAUAUUGAGAUUGUUGAGGACUUGAGAAACAUGUUGAACGAUCACAAUGUUUUGGUGAAAUCGUUUAGAAUGGCUAAGGAAACGAUUCACCACGGUGAGAGCGUUGACAUGAGAUUGAGGUUGAUAGGCAAACGAAAUAGUGAUGCUAGAACAUAUAACCUCCCAACUGUCUCAGAGGUUGCUGCUUUAGUUGUAGGGGAUUUUGAUGAGUCAAUGGGGGAGAGAGAUAUCUUGGUGGAAACCCAGAGCGGAAAGCUGCAACAUAUUAAUGAACUUAAUCCAGCAUAUUUUGGGCUGCAGUAUCCUUUGUUGUUUCCAUUUGGUGAGGAUGGUUACCGAGAAGAUAUUGCGCUUUCAGGUUCUAGGGUUGUCCCUGGAUCAUGUAGGCGUAAUGUGAGCAUUCGACAAUUUUUGGCUUAUCUCUUGCAAGAGAGGGAAUUUAAAUAUUCAACAAUUUUAAAAGCUAAGAGACUUUUCUAGCAAUUCGUUGUUGAUGGUUAUACUUUGAUAGAAUCUGCAAGAUUGAAGUUUGUUAGAACGCAUCAAAAACAGCUUCGUUGUGAAAUGUAUAAAGGUUUAAAUGAUGCUGUUUUGCGUGGAGAGAAUGAUCCAACCACUCAAGGAAGGAGAAUUGUGUUGCCACCCACAUUCACCGGUGGUGCAAGGUUCAUGAUACAAAACUACCAAGAUGCAAUGACAAUUUGUAGAUGGGCGGGGUAUCCAGAUUUGUUUAUCACGCUAACGUGCAACCCUAAAUGUCCCGAGAUUGAUCGUUUUUUAAGUGCUCGACAUCUUAAGUCUGAGGAUCGUCCUGAUGUUGUAUGCCGAGUUUUUAAGAUAAAGUUGGAUGGUCUUAUGAAAGACUUGCGAUGUAAUAAGGUAUUUGGUAGUGUUAAAGCAGGUAAAUUUCCAAACUUUCAAUAAGCACAUAUUUAGUGAUUGUAUAUUUUUUCAUAGUAAUUUUUAAAUUGCAUUUUGCAGUGGUUUAUACUAUUGAGUUUCAGAAACGAGGAUUGCCUCAUGCACACAUACUACUAUGGCUUGCAUGUGAGGAUAAGUUGCCAACACCGUCUGACAUUGAUAGAGUUAUUUCAGCAGAGAUUCCUGAUAAAGAUGAGGACCCACAACAUUACAACGCAGUACGUGAUUUUAUGAUGCACGGUCCGUGUGGCAUAUACGCUAAGACUGCU